CUCUACGGAGUCAGAACAAAUUCAUAUUAAGCGCGCAUAAACGUUUACUAACCGCGUAUAAGCCGAACGUACGUUUGUUUGUGUGGUACGUUGCCGUCAAAACAACGGUACUUUUUUGGAUUAUCAUUUUUAUUCGUGUACACAGAACGACAACUCGUCGUCGUCGAGGAAAAUCUGAAGUUCUUGUGGUGUUUUCCAUACACAUACAUAUAUAAUUGUGUUUUUAUUUUUUUUUUUUGUUUGCUCGGGCGCGUUUAUUAACUUACUAUAUAUUGUAGGUGUGUGUGCGUAUGUGUACUUCCGCCACAUAUCGAUGUUGUUUCGCGUUGACGACGCGUCGCGCAAACCGAACUUUGCAUAUUUCGACGUAGGAUUUCCGCAAACAGCGCGCGUACAUUUUUGUGUGUGAGUCCAAAUAAAUGAUAAAUGAAAAUUGUUGCGAAAAAUAAAUACACAACGCAGUAAAAGUGUUUGUGGCAACUUGAAAAAUGUGCUUUUGGCAUAAGUGAAAAUUUGUCGCGUACACGAAGUUAGUGUUUGAAAUCAUUGUUGUAUUGUGGACUUUAACGAAAAAUGCUAAGAAAGCUGAAAUACGUUGAGACAACGACGACGUUGCUAGUGGGCGCAACGUUAGGAAGCAACAAAUGCGUUGGAUAAUAGCGUUUUUUGAAAAACAACUGGCGUUUUGAAAGUCAAAAGGCUUUGCGGUAGUCACGAAGUGAAUAUACGAAAAAAUUUUUUGUGAAAAAAUAAUUAUUGCUGUGCAUAAAAAAAUAAUUUUAUUGUUAUAAAAUUUGAAGUGUGUAAUUAAAACUAUAAUGCAUUAAAGCUACUACGAAAAACAAUUUACAGUUAGACAAAAUAACGGUAAAUUAUUUUAACCAAUAUCAACAGAUAAUGCAAAUCCGUGCGUGAAACUCAAAAAAAAAAAAAAUAUUUUGAUUUAUUGUAAUCAUUAUAUUUGGUAAUCAUUACAUGCUGUAAUCAUUAUAUAUUGUAAUCAUUACAUAUUAAUUACAAGUACUUUCUGUGAUGAAUUUGAGUUUUGAAGUAAAUUUGUCUAAAACACGACUUAGUUACCCACGAAAAUAAUUUCUGUAAGCGCAAAUAUUUGAAAGAUGUUGUGAGUGUUAGAGAAAAAUAUUAUCGAAACAGAAGGAGGAAACAAAAUUGAAGAAAAAUCAGCAGUGAAGUCGAAACAGUAAGAAAAAAAUUUCAAAAAUAUUAGCAAUAAAGCUGAAAAAUAUUACCGAAAUAAAAAUUAAGAAAAUAUUAACUGAGUCUGUAAUAUAUUUACAACAACAUAUCAUACAAAAAAUAUUAAUAAAAGCAUAGAAGUUAAAACCAAAGGAAAAAUAUAGAUUUUUCGAACAAAUGUAACAAAAAAAAAAUUACAAAACAUAAAAAUAAUAUUAAUAAAUAACAAUAGUUGUAAUAACUCACCUAAUAGCAAGCAAUCUGCGCAGCAAAACAAAUAAAAAAAUAUUAAUAAAUAAAAAAAAAUAUUCAAAAAAAUUUACUGCGCUUUAUAUAACACAACAGCUGUGAGAAAAAUUAUUGCAUUUAUUUUCCAACUAAAGUAAAAUUUUUUGCGGCUUUAAUUCGCACACAGAAAGCUUACAACACCAAUUACAACCCAACUAAUUCAACGAAACGCUUAUAAAAGAAAAAAAUAUAUUUCCAAAACAAACUCCGCACUUUACAGCAGCUCAUAAAAGUGUGUGUACAUAGCAAUUUGUUUGAGCUUGUUGUAGAUUUACGUGUUUAAGCAAUUAAAGCCAACUUAAAGCCGCACACCACAAGCCACCGCAAGCGUUGUAACCACCACACCGUGCAACUGUGAAAUUGCUUCAUUUUUAAUUUACCAGCUGCCUACGAAAAGUUAAACAAGCGAGCGUGUUAUAUUUUUACAAAAAAAUAAAUAAAUAAGUGUGUGUUAUUUCUGUUGUUUGUGUAAAACUUUUGCACCGCAUGCAUUUUUAAUAGAUUUUUACACUUCAACUGUUGCAAAGUGCAAGCGUGUGGAUUUAACAGAUUUAAUAACGUUUGGUGUUGGUGCAAAUAAUUCGGUUUUGCCACAAAAAGAACAACAACAAAGCGAUACAGAAUAUCUAAAACUCGACACUGCCUCUUAUGAAUUAUGUAUAUCUACUAAACUUUUUGCAACGAAAAUAGCGAGAUAUUAAAUAACAAAAGGCUAAACACUGUAACCCUGUACUGUGAAACAAAAAAAUAUCUAUGCAAUUCUAAAAAUAUAAGCUACACUUUAAACUGAAACCCACUCGAAAAAUAUUACAAAAAAAAAAAAAAACAAAUAAAAAUGCUUACUACUACAAGCCACACAACAGCAACUACAACUCUAAGCACACUAAGUAGUAGAAAUUCAAAGUCUCAUCACCACCACCUCCAUCAACACAGCUCACACCCGCGCAACAACACUAAUACCCGCAAAAUGUUCUCCCAACAGUGCCUUUCUUCCCGCAACUACAACUAUCGACUACUACAAAUCGCUCUACUGUGCACAGUGGCGUUACAGUUCGUGCCGUUGGCGUACAGCUUCGAUGUUGCUACAUGUCAUCAACCGCUGGGCAUGGAGUCCGGUGCAAUUACAGAUGCUCAAAUCACUGCCAGUUCGGCGCAUGACACAGGCUUUGUUGGGCCGCAACAUGCAAGACUGAAAACCGAUAAUAAUGGCGGCGCUUGGUGCCCCAAACAUAUGGUCUCGAAUGCGUUGAAAGAUUACCUGCAGGUCGACUUGCUACAAACGCAUGUCAUUACGGCGAUACGUACGCAGGGUCGCUAUGGCAAGGGUCAAGGUCAAGAGUAUACGGAAGCCUAUGUGCUGGAGUAUUGGCGACCGGGUUUCACCAAAUGGCAACGCUGGAAGAAUACGCAAGGAAAGGAGAUCCUAUCCGGCAACAUCAACACAUACAGUGAGGUGGAGAACUUAUUGCAACCGAUAAUUUUUGCGUCGAAAAUUCGUAUUUAUCCUUAUGGACAAUACGAUCGAACUGUGUGUCUACGUGCAGAAAUUGUCGGUUGUCCGUGGGAAGAGGGUAUCGUAUCGUAUAGCAUACCGAAAGGCGUACAACGUGGCAUGGAAGUCGAUCUGUCAGACAAGACUUAUGAUGGUUAUGAGCAAGGUGAUCGCUUUGUUGAUGGAUUGGGCCAACUGGUGGAUGGUCAAAAGGGCAAGGAUAAUUUUCGCACUGAUAUACAUGGAUUUGGCAAAGGCUACGAAUGGAUCGGCUGGCGCAAUGAUACACCCGAUUUGAAUGGCAAACCAGUUGAAAUCAUUUUCGAAUUUGACACCGUGCGAAAUUUCAGUGCGAUAAUAUUGCAUACAAAUAAUAUGUUCACCAAGGAUGUGCAGGUGUUCGUGCGUGCUAAGGUCUUCUUUAGUAUUGGUGGACGACACUUCUCUGGCGAACCGGUGCAAUUCUCUUAUAUGCCAGACACCGUAAUGGAUCACGCGCGCGAUGUCACUAUCAAAUUACAUCAUCGCGUUGGUAGAUAUUUGAAAAUCAAUUUAUAUUUUGCUGUGAAAUGGAUUAUGCUGUCGGAAAUUUCAUUUAUAUCGGUACCGGCCGUGGGAAAUUUCACAGAUGAGUCCGAGCAACGUGCCACGCUGCCACAGGACACACGCGAAUAUCCAUUACAAAGUAAUGACUAUCAUCAUGGCCAGAAGAACGGCCUGGGCAAGAUGGGCACCAUGAAUGGCGGCGGCGGCAGCGGCAUGAAUGAUGGCAGCAUGGGUGCAGCGGCAGGCGCUGGCCUCGGCUACAACAAUGGACCGCAAUUAAUUGCCCCGCGUCCCAUCGAUCAGGAACCAUCGGAGAAAUUCUCAAUUGGUAUUGUUAUUGUUAUUCUAACGGUGAUAAUUAUUUUCCUCGUUGGCGCCAUAUUCUGCAUUGUAACGCGUACGAAGCGUGCACGCGGCAGCAAUGUCCUGGACGCAUUCCAAUAUAGCUUCAAUCCGAAUACGCUGGGCGGCAAUGUGGAUAAACAUCGACCCAAUGGCGGUGGCAUUAAGGCCAGCGUCGAUGAUAAUGACUCGAUUGGCAAGAAUAGUCUCUAUCAUGAACCUUUCAAUGUGAAUAUGUACACCAGCGGCGUUAACGGAUACGCGGCCGUAAAUGAUUUACAAUGUAAUAUGACGCCCGACUAUACAGAUGUACCCGAAGGCGGCUACGCCGUGCCACACAUGCAGGAUUACAUGCCCGCCACAAAGAUGUCUAUGGCUGGCGGCGGUAUUGUCGGCGGUUAUGUGAAUGUGCGACGCACACCACCACCGCCGUUGAGCGCGAUUUUCCCCCGACCACCGUCCGUGCCGCCGCCACCGAUGGAGAAGUACUACGCCACCACAGCGAUAUUCAAGCCAAUCAAGGGACCCUCAGGCGGCAGCAACUGCGGCACAGUGGGCAGCAAUAGUGGCGGUGGCAGCAGCACACACAAAUCCGGCAGCAGUGUGGGCAAGUGUGGCAGCAAUAGCGGCAUCAGCAGCAGUAGUGAACACAAUAACUACGAUGACGGCAUGGGCACCAUGAAUUCACAAUCAACAGCGCCGAUGUUGAAUGCCUACAAUGGUGGCGGCGGCAGCGGCGGCGGUAACGGUGGAGUAGGUGUUGGCAUUGACUCAAUGCAAUUCCAGCGCGCUAGAACCUAUAACUUCCGCAGUUAUCCAGACAAUCUUUAGUUUGAAACAUUGACG